AUGGACGAGUGGGCCGAUUUGUACACCCAUACUUCGGAGCCUGCGGGUGAGGUCGCUUGUAUCACGGCCGAAGACUUGAAAGACGAGCAUCGUCGGAAGCAUUUGCUCUCAUUUCGUGAAUCGAUGAUGCAAUGGAAGAACUUCGAAACGGAGGUGGCCGAGGUCGCACCAGAGGUAAAAGCCUUUUGUCGACGACUUCUCACCGACCACAACAUCACCACUGGCAACCAGCUUGAGAAGGCGAUGAAAAAUAUCAGGAAGGACCUCAAAGUGCACCCGAGCAAGGCGCAACUAGCUAUCGCUAUCAAACUUCUUCUGCAUGAACGCUGCCCAUGCCAGGCCCCAGACCAAGAAAAAAGCUUGGAUCUAGAAAGAAGCUUGGAUCUAGAAAGAAGCUUGGACCUAGAAAGAAGCUUGGACCUAGAAAGAAGCUUGGACCUAGAAAGAAGCUUGGACCUAGAAAGAAGCUUGGACCUAGAAAGAAGCUUGGACCUAGAAAGAAGCUUGGACCUAGAUGAGACCACGGUUCCGUUAGCAGUUCCGGAAAAAGCCACGAUUCCAGAUUGUGACAAGUCCCUGACGUUGCAGAGCUGUGGUUGCGGUUUGUUCAAGAAGAGUCUGGAGUUAGAACAGUUGCUGCUACGACGAGCGGUACGUACGAGUAGUGGUGUUGCAGUUAUCACUGUGUUGACUUCACCCGGUAAGUUCAGUUGUCCGCAUGAUUGUUAUUACUGUCCAAAUGAGCCUGGUCAGCCUCGAAGUUAUUUGUCGACAGAGCCGGCUGUUUUGCGAGCUAAUCAGUGUGGAUGGGAUGCUGCCGUGCAAUUUUGGGAUCGUGCUCGGACCCUACAUAAGAACGGUCAUAUCAUUGACAAGAUUGAAAUCCUCGUAUUGGGAGGUACUUGGAGUGGCUACAAACAAUCAUACCAGGAGGAGUUUUGCCGAGACCUGUUUUACGCCGCAAAUAUGUUCCAGGACUUUUUAGCUGCUGAAGCCGAAAUGCUGGUAACAGACAAGGAGGUGGCACACAAGGAGGUGGCACACAAGGAGGUGGCACACAAGGAGGUGGCACACAAGGAGGUGGCACACAAGGAGGUGGCACACAAGGAGGUGGCACACAAGGAGGUGGCACACAAGGAGGUGGCACACAAGGAGGUGGCCGCUACGAUGGGUGCGGAUGUCGCUACGAUGGGUGCGGAUGUCGCUACGAUGGGUUGCGGUACGGCCGGGAAGAAAGCAUAUCUGUCUCCAGUAUUCCAGGUGCCGAAAAGUUUCCGAGACCGACUGUCGUUGGAGGAGGAGCAGGAGAUUAAUGAGUCUUGUUCAGUGAAAGUGAUUGGGUUGACUUUGGAGACACGUCCGGACUUUAUUACAGCGGAAGAGAUCAAGCGGUUACGAUACUAUGGAUGCACUCGUGUGCAGUUAGGUGUGCAGCAUACAGAUGAGUCGAUUUUAUUAGGUAUCAAUCGAGGACAUGGUGUGGCUGAUGUAAAGCGAGCGUUAGCGCUGUUGAAGAACAGUUGCUACAAGGUGGAUAUUCAUCUGAUGCCGGAUCUCCCUGGUAGUAGCGUGAGGAUAGACGAGUUGAUGUUUGACCGUGUAAUCCAAGAUCCGGAAUUGCAGGCUGAUCAGUGGAAGAUUUAUCCGUGCGAGGUUACUCCAUUUACCACCAUUUCCGAGUGGUACAAAGAGGGACUUUAUUGUCCUUACAGCGAGGGUGAAGAGGGGCAGAAAGAUUUGAUUGAACUCAUAUUAAAAGUUAAGAAAAGAAUUCACCCCUGGAUACGACUCAACCGCAUCAUCAGAGACAUCCCCAACCAGUCCAUCAUCGCCGGGAACAAUAUGACUAACCUGAGACAAAUCAUUGGCGUUGUAACCAAACGGCACGGAUGGUCCUGCUCUUGUAUGAGAUGCCGCGAAGUUAGACAACAACAAAUACAAGACGUCCAACUAGUCAUUCGGGCAUACAACGGAGGCAACAGUGCAAUGGAGUACUUUAUCUCAUUCGAGAGCAAAGAUCGCCAACACCUCGCCGGCUUCUUGCGACUCCGGGUACCCAAUUUUGCUGCUUCCGGUAGCACAGACACCGAAUCGACUCUGCGAGCAAGCGGAAACAACCUUACAAGCGACAACAACCUUACAAGCGACGGACAGGAGUACAAUGGAACGGUCAAAUCGCCUUACGAAGUGUUAAAUCAUCGUUGCGCAAUGAUCAGAGAACUCCACGUCUACGGUAUGCUCGUCUCAACCACGGAAAACAAAAACGCUGGGGACAAUCGAGCGCAGCACUCCGGAUACGGCUCAGCUUUGAUGCAUGCCGCCGAGGUCCUCGCUCUCAGUAAAGGCGCCGAGCGGCUCGCCAUCAUCGCUGGCAUCGGCACCCGAAAUUAUUACCGCCGACUAGGUUACCAAGUAAAGGAUACGUACAUGGUGAAGGACGUGGGUUCGGACAUGCUUAAAAAACAAGUUUACGAGACAUUCCUGAAUAAUCCGAGAUUUUCAGACACGCGCGUGCUGGAAAUCGAACACAUUUCCCUGGCCGACCUUCCGUCAGUCAGGACCGUUGAAAUCGAUAGGAACUUGAUCUCUGGCGGAGAAGAGGUGAAAACAGCUUCUCCCGACAGAGCAUUGCUAAAACAUUGGGUUGAAAAGAUCAAUAUAACUUUCCUUGACGACUUUGUUCACCAGUCUCCGUCCCGACGGAGAUUGAGCACCGACAGCCCGAUUCCGUUGAGUGUGCUAAACCGCCGCGGGAACCGAACCCCGGAUUUAGAAGCCCAGAGGCCGUCUCCUUUUGAGCAGAAAAAUUCGGCCAUGAGCGACAGCGGCAAGAAACUACCUGAACGACGAGAGCGUGUGGAGGAGGACCCGGACGACUUUGCUCCGGUGCAGCCCCCUACCUGGACGUCGUCCAUCAGCAACUGGGUCGCAGAGAACCCGCUGCUUGUGGCCUCGAUCGCGGCGGGAUCUAUAUUGUUGCUCCGAAGCUUGAAGAAGUGA